AGUUUCUAUCUGUUAGCCUCUUGUGGUAACGACGAUCUCGUGAAGCUGUGGCACGUGAGGGGUGGUCUCAAGUCGUCUAUAACUCUAUCGCAUACAUUGAAAGGACACAACGGAAACGUCAAUUGCUGUCGAUUUUCCACCGACGGCUCACUUCUGGCCUCAGCCGCCGGCGAUAAGCUUGUGAUCAUAUGGAACCCACAGAAUGGCGCUCUCGUCCAUAAACUCGAGGGUCACACCCGAUAUGUGACGAGUUGUGCCUUCUCUUCGGACACUAAAUACUUGGCCACCGGUUCUAACGAUAAGACUGUUAUUAUUUGGAAUAUGUCUGAUAUGAAGGACAGGGAUGUUGUCAUCACUAAGAAUGGAAACGUCGAAACAUCGGCAAUGAUAGCGUCCGGUAGUAAUAUUGUCUCCGAGUGGACACUCAAUGAUGUGAUCGUAUGGUUGGAAAGACUGGAAUUAGGAAAAUACAGUUCCGCCUUCAGAGACAACUCUAUCGAUGGCAUAGAAUUAAUGCAUUUGACAAACGAUAGCCUUUUGACAUCACUUAAGAUCGAUUCUUUGGGCCACAGGAAUAAAAUUCUGAGAGGAAUCCAUGCGCUGAAGAACCCGUUGUGGCAACACAUCAACGAUGACGCCGAAGACACGACAUCGAUGCCCAACGAACUC